AUGGCUGAAAACUCUUCGGCAGGAGAAGCUGGGGCCGUUGAGAUUCCGGAGGGAGCGAUUCGCAAAUUGUCGGAGCUGAGAGUCAUUGACUUGAAAGCCGAAUUAAAAAGACGAAAUCUGGACACCAUUGGCAUCAAGAGUACGCUGACUGAGAGGCUGAAAAAGGUAGGCAUGCUAGCUAGCUAGUAGAUGGAUAGCUGUGCUAAUGUGUUUGGUAUUUUGCCAACUGAUAUGACCUUUCGUGAUAAUUCCACAAUUAAGUGGAACCAGUAUCAUUUAAUUAAUUAGUUAGUUGAAUGAUGAAUAGUUAGCUAUAACCACUAGCAUUAGCUCAAUUUUGAUAUUCACUCCAAAUGAAUAAAGUGAACGUUAGCUAACCAUGGCCUUGCGUGGCGUUAGCCACAUGGUGCCCUUUCUCAAACCUUUCCUCGAGCACCCCCAUUCCGUAUUCUAAAACGUGCACAACCGAUUCAACUACUAAAGGUCUUGGUGAUUAUUUGACCAUUUGAAUUAUAUGUGCCAGUUUUAGAAUACAUAAAAUACGUUGAAUGGCUGUGGGUACACGAUGAGAGGUUAGGCGGGCGAUGCACAAUUGGCCCAGCGUCGUCCGGUUUAGGUGAGGGUUUGGGCGGGGGCGGGUUUUUUUUACAAGUAGGCCGUCAUUGUAAAUAAGAAUUUGUUCUUAAUUGACUUGCCUAGUUAAAUAAAAUAAAAAUAGGUUUGCGAAACUCUGCCCCGGCCUAGGCCUGCAGCUAGCUUCGCGGGUCAGAUGUAUAGCUAGUUAUCGUUAAGUAACAAUCCCACUAGUCAGCACCGUUGUAGCCAAUAACUGACCACAUAGCCGUGUGUUUGAUAAUAUCCAAAUUGGCUUAACUCCAGAAACCAGAUCUAACGUAGUUGGCUAGGUAACUAUCAUUAUUUCAUCAUGUCGUCAUCAAUUUCUCCACAGGCGAUUGAAGAAGAGGGUGGAAAUCCAGAUGAGAUGGUGGUUGUUCUCGAUGGAACUCCUAAGAAGGCACUGACUAAACGGACCUCCAAAGGUAUGUUAAAGGAGUGAGCGCAAGGUCAUAAGUCAGCAAUAAUGUCUUGAAGUAAAUUUAAAACGUAUUACAGAGAGCCUUAAAAUGAGACAUUGCUCAUUUGCAGGGAAAAGACAGGAGAACGAUGAACCAGAGGACUGCACCAUUGAGGAAGAUUCGGGUGAUGGCCAGGUGCGCAUCAACCAUUGAAUCACCUGGUUUAAUCUAAUGCAAUCGCUAUGCUCUACUGUUAGUCUCCCUGGAUAACAAUCUAUUGAUCACUUCCCUUCAAGGAUGACAUGGAAAACAUGCAGGACAUGGACAUCCUGGAUAUGAAUGUGCUUGAUGAAGCUGAGAAUGACAACAGUAUGCCAGCAGAGGAGGAGUAUGACACGGAUGAAGUCCUGAACUCUCCGUCAGACAAAGGCAACCAUGAGAUCCAGGGUGACGAAGAGGAUGCCAUGAACGAAGAUGAACACGACAUUGGCAUCUCUGACUCUCCCGAGCCAAUGGGCAAAGCCAAACCUGAAGAGGUGAGACACAUGCACAAGAGUUGUGUGGAACAGUCAUGUCUAAUGAUGUUUCCAAUAUUUUCCUACUUGUUUGAAAUGUUGCACCAUGCGUGUGUGUGUGUGAUUGUUCUUUUUUUUUCUCUUUCUAAAACUAGGAUGUACAGCCUAAAGUAGCAGACAUGGAAAAGAAUGAUCUCACUUGCCCAUCACCUAAAGAGGUAUAUAGUUCAACUUAAAUGCAAGCAGCAUUUCAUGAUCAUUUGUUUGUAGUUGGAAGGAAAACACUUUGAAUGACUGUAAAAAGCCAUAAAAUGCAAGCAGCAUUUCAUGAUCAUUUGUUUGUAGUUGGAAGGAAAACACUUUGAAUGACUGUAAAAAGCCAUUUGUGUUGGGUACCGAACCAUGUUACACUAGAUACAUUUUCCCUUUAUUUCUUUAGGUUCAAGAGAAGGAUCCGGAGCCCGAAGACUCAAAGGAAGAAAUAGGUACCUUUUUGAAAAGGGGUUGGAAGUUCAUAUGAAUGCACACUUUCUUUUUGCAGUGUAAACCUUGGAAUGCAAGUCCUUUAGAUUAAAAUUCUUGCUGUGGUUGGUCAGAGACUGGAAAUCCAAAGAUAAUUGCUGACUGUGUGUUGACGCUUGUUAACUAAAAUUGUUAAAUACUGACAUAAAUCUGUCCAUUUUGGGCACCCUCCUAUUAUUAACACAGAAUUGGUUAACAUUCUGAAGCACAGAGACAGUAAUUAAAGGUUUAGUUAGUGAGUUGUUGCAAGUGAUAUGCAGUGUUUUUAGGUUGCCACACAAAGACCAAGAAGAAAAGAAGACUGAGGCCCAUCAUUUGAAACCAACCACUAAAAAGCCUUUUUAGGACUGACUAAUAUUCUCACUGGACAUGAGACUAAUGGAAUUCUGAAUUCGAUGUCACUUACCACAUUAUGGACACUCAUGAAGUCAGCAAUUGCAUGAAGAUGGACCUUCCUUGUGCCUCUGCUGAUCUUGUGGCUUUCUUCAGAUCAGAUCUAUUUCUACCUUGGGAUCAGGUGAACUGAAAUGGUCGACUUGAAUGAGGAGUUAGGCUGCUUGGUCAGUCUCUUUGGUUUUUCCAGUCUCUUGUUACGUGUAUAUCUGUGUAUACAUAGUUCAAUGACAGCGGAGGGCCACGUCCUUUUCCAGCCUUGCCAGUUCCACGUUAACCAUUGCUGUGUUUCAGAAGUAAUUAAACUCUGUGCCAUUCUAUUCCUGUUAAAUCCGUAGAAAAUGAGAAAGUAGCCGGGUCUUGUUUAUCUGAGCCACUAAAUGAAGAGCGCCAGGAGACACCAACUGAAGAUCAAGGCACCAUCGGGGACAUGGUCAAUGUUGCAGAGGAAGACGAUGUGUGUGACACCACUAAAGCCGAGGAGUCUGUCAAUGUAGAGACUAAACUGUCGACUAGCGACCAGGACGUUGCUAAGCUAACUGAGUGUCAAAUGAAAGACGCUGAAGAGACCGUUGACGCUGAAAGUACUCAGGCUGUUAGUGUAAACGAGCAGGGCAUGGGCGAAAGCGCUGUUGAUUCUGAAAUGGUCUCUAAGGCUGAGGGUGAGGAGGAAGAUAAGAAGACUGAAGAGAACGCUGCAGAAUCAACGGCAGUGAAAGAGUCCUCAUCUGUUGAGGGCGAUGAUCAGAAAAAGAGGUUUGUUGUUUUCUGUCUACUAGAACAAUGGCUAUCUCUGUUGCAUUGGCUAUUUUUUUAGCAAGUUUUGGUGCUCUUUUGGAGGCAAAAAUGGUCUGGGCAUUUGUCAAGUUUUCAUUUUGUCAUUCCCCACCUAUACCUCACCUCUUAACCAUCAUAAAGUAAUGUAUAGAUGCGGUAAAGAGGUCAAUGGAACUCGACCAAUACAAUGGAAAUGCCAUGGAAACGCUUGGUGGAACCCCCCCCCCCCCCCAGCAAAAUGUGCCUACAUUUAGGCCAUUUGUGUAUUUCCCACUAUAUUAAGGUAGAAAUCGGAGUAUAAUGCUUGUACGGAUGUCAACCCCAAUACAUGUUCAUGUCAUCGUCACCAACUGCAUUAGUUAAUAACGAGUGACUACCACCGAUUUCUCUAUGCUACCAGCUUAUACAAACAGGAGUUCGCAUUUCGCAGUCACUUCUUCUAAACCUGAAAAGGGACUGCUUCUAAAUGUAAUGUAUCCCAAUAUAUCGAAAUCAGACUUUAGUAACCACAUUGUGGGUCACAAUGUAUCAAUCAUGACUGUUUUGACAAAUAUCCGCUUUGUUAGAUCAGAUUUGUUGAAUGGGCGCCAUUUCGGCAUCCUCCUAUCCCUCACGGUCUGCGUUCCAUUGACCUCUUUACUGCAUCUAUUGGGAGAUUCUUUGAUCAUCUAAGGCAGCCUAGUGACAUUGACACCCACCCAAAUCACUGUAAUGUUGUAUAUGCUGGGGAUAAUUACUGUGUGCACAGGGUAAGUAUGAUUCAUCUGGAUGAGACCCCCCUCCCCCAGGUCUUCUCAUUUCCAAAUAUUCAUUACGUGUUCUCUUUGCCUUUAGUUCUGAUGAGGAAAAGGGUAGCAAGCCUGACUCAAAAGAUGAAAAUGGUAAGCGUGAAUAUGGUCCCUUCUGUAUCAUUUCGUAAUUGGGAUGUCCAUUGUAGAUAAUUGCAAAUGACAUGCUCUCACCUGAAUAAGGUGCUGAAUCGGCUCUGAGUUGAAUGUCCAUCUGGGUCAUGUUUGUCUGUGUUCCAAAAGCCCCUGCAGGUAAUGCUCCAGCAAGUAGUGGCAGAAACCUGUGGGUUAGCGGUCUCUCCAGCACCACCAGAGCGACUGAUCUGAAGACUCUGUUCAGCAAGUAUGGAAAGGUCAGUAUCCUGAGAAGAAAUUCCACCCUUUUUGGUGAUGUGCAUGAGUGUACACUGAACAAAAAUAUAAAUGCAACAUUUAAAGUGUUUCAUGAGCUGAAAUAAAAUAUUCCAGACAUUUUCCAUACUCACAAAAAGCUUAUUUAUCUCAAAUGUCAUGCACAAAUUUGUUUACAUCCCUGUUAGUGAGCAUUUCUCUAUUGCCAAGAUAAUCCAUCCACCUGACAGGUGUGGCAUAUCAAGAAACUGAUUAAACAGCAUGAUCAUUACACAGGGGACACCUUGUGCUGGGGACAAUAAAAUACUGCGUUAGAAUAAGAAUUUCUGCACAAACUGUGAGAAACCGUCUCAGGGAAGCUUAUCUGCGUGCCCGGCGUCCUCACCAGGAUCUGACUGCAGUUCGGCGUCGUAACCGACUUCAGUGGGAAAAUGCUCACCUUCGAUUGCCACUGGCACACUGGAGAAGUGCUUUUCACAGAUGAAUCUUGUUUUUAACUGUACAGUGUAUGGCGUCGUUUGGGUGAGCGGUUUGCUGAUGUCAACUUUGAACAGAGUACCCAUGGUGGGGUAAUGGUAUGGACAGGAAUAAGCUACGGACAACGAACACAAUUGCAUUUUAUCGAUGGCAAUUUCAAUGCACAGAGGUACCGUGAUGAGAUCCUGAAGCACAUUGAUGUGCCAUUCAUCCGCUGCCAUCACCUUAUGUUUCAGCAUGAUGAUGCACGGCCCCAUGUCUCAAGGAUCUGUACACAAUUCCUGGAAGCUGAAAAUGUCCCAGUUCUACCGUGGCCUGCAUACUCAGCAGGCAUGUCACCCAUUGAGCAUGUUUUGUAUGCUCUGUAUCGACGUGUACGACAGGGACUUCCAGUUCCCGCCAAUCUCCAGCAACUUCGCACAGCCAUUGAAGAGGAGUGGGACAACAUUCCAGGCCACAAUCAACAGCCUGAUCAACUCUAUGCGAAGGAGCUGUCGUGUGGUCUCCUGUAGUUCAGUUUGUAGAGCAUGGCGCUUGCAACGCCAGGGUUGUGGGUUUGUUUCCCACGGGGGGCCAGUAUGAAAAUGUAUGCACUCUAUAACUGUAAGUCGCUCUGGAUAAGAGCGUCUGCUAAAUGACUUUAAUGUAAAUGUGCUGCAUGAGGCAAAUGGUCACACCAGAUACUGAAUGGUUUUCUGAUCCACUUUCAUUCUUAAAAAAAAAAAAAAACAUCUGUUGGUCACAGAUACCUUAUCUGUAUUCUCAGUAAUGUGAAAUCCAUAGAUUAGGGCCUAAAUUAGUUUAUUUCAAUUGCCUGAUUUCGUUAUGAACUGUAACUCAGUAAAACCUUAGAAAUUAUUGCAUGUUGCGUUUUUAUUUUUGGUCAGUAUAAUUGAGCAAAAUGCGGAAUGGUACUGUCUGUUUUUUUUGGACCCCACAGACACACACUUUCCCUGCCCAACAAUUUAAGUGUCCUAUCGUUCUCCGUCUCUCCUCAGGUUGUUGGCGCUAAAGUGGUGACUAAUGCCCGGAGCCCUGGGGCUCGUUGCUAUGGCUUUGUCACUAUAUGUUCCACAGAAGAGGCCACCAAGUGCAUCAGCCACCUGCACAGGACUGAGCUCCACGGGAGAAUGAUCUCUGUUGAGAGGGUGAGGGUCAUUAUCUACCACCUUGCAUGUCAGUGGCCUCUGUGACUGACCACUGCUGUACACACAGAACCGUAAACCUGUAGUGUUUAUCAAAUUAAUGAGAUGCCUUCAUUCAGAGAAGUGAGGUUUGACCAUUCUAAUCUCUGUGUCACUGUUUGACCUCUGACAUCUGUUCCAGGCGAAGAAUGAGCCUGCUGGGAAAAAGCCUGCUGACAAGUCUGGCACCGACAGUAGACAAUCCUCAGACUCCAAGUAAGAGCUGAGAACACAUGUCAUUACACAUUAAGUUAUGUACUGUAUGUCAUGCAGUCUGUGUACAAGGUAUGACAGCAAUCCAUGCUUUGGUUUAAUUUCUCUGGCAGUGGCUGGUUUUGUUUGCAAACUUUUGCAUUUGUGGCACAAAUCCCAUUCACAUCAUGGGACCGGUAUUAGCAUUUUUCACGCGUCAUGUUCAAAUCAUCUGUGACUUUGAGCUUCACAAUCAAUUUGAAAUACAUAGGGAUGAUUUGGACAUGAUGCUAAUAUCGAUGCCUUGACUUGAAUGGGAUUUGUGCCGCAAAUGCUAAAAUAUUAGCAUUUGGAAACCGUGCCAGGGAAACUAAACCAAAGCGUUGACUGCUGUCAUACCUUGUCCAUAGACUGCUUACAGGUUAAGGAAACCAAUAUGUCAUUUUGUAGUUUGGGUGAACUAUCCCUUUAACCAUUUUCUCUAUCCAGGUCCGAUGCAAACAAGGCUGAAGGUGAAGUCGGGAAAGAUGGGAAACUCAAUGAGAGGACAGUGGUGAUGGACAACUCUAAGGGAGAGCCUGUUGUCAGCGUGAAAUCCAAAAGCAAAGACCGGGUAAGAUACCCAAACGCUGACCUCUGCUCCAUCUAUUGAACUUUCACAAACUUCUGUGAAAAGUGGUACGCUACAUGAGCUUUUGUUGUUCAAUCCAGAGCACCAAGAGUCGUGAUCGCAGGUCUACAAGCAAAGAGAAGGAUAUCCUGUCAUUUGACCAGAUCAAGGAGCAGCGUGAGCGGGAGAGACAGAGACAGCGGGAGAGGGACAUCAGGGAGGUGGAGAGACGCAGGCACUCUGGGUGAGGAGUUGCUGUAGCUGCAGGACAAUUCACCUGAAGCCAGCUUGUUAUAGCAGUUUGGUAGUAUGCUUUGAAAAGGGAUUCGUCAUUCAAAGUGGGAUCAGCUAAAUAUCUCCUAUGCUUUCUGUUUGUCCCAGUGAGCGCGACCGCAGCAGUGGUGCAGAUCGAGGCGGCGUAGACAGCCGCACGGAGCGCGAGCGUAUCCGCUUGUUCCGGGAGAAGGAGGAGCGCGAGCGCCUCCUACGUAAGAGAAACUGGCUGGAGGUGGAGAAGGAGCAGCUGAACUUUGACCGCCUGGAGCGCGAGUUCCUGGAGCGCGAGCGUCAGCGUGUGGAGUAUGAGCGCCGACGUGAGCAGGAGAGGAUCCAACGGGAGAGGGAGGAGCUCCGCAGGCAGCAGGAGCAGCUGCGCUUCGAGCAGGACCGCCGGCCCCUCAAGAGGCCCUACGCUGACGUGGACAGCAGGUACACACUUUAUCCCUGUCUUCCCCCCUCUCCAUAGCGUCAGUACCCCCGUUUGAAUUACCAGGUCGCUAUUAUAGAAUAGAUGGAUGGAUAUGGCCACAACCUCAGCCUCUAGAUCUUCAGUAUGCAUGCCUGUCAUGUAAAGGUGUGCCUGGUUUGAGAAUAUUUUAUUGCGACUGACUGACAAAGACCUGCUGCUUGUAGGAAAGACAACUGGCAGGACAACAAGAGGCUGGCUAUGGAUGACCGCUAUGGGGGGCGCUCAGACUUCGGUCGGCAGGAGCGCUACCAAGACUUUGACCACAGGGACCGCAGUCGCUACCAGGACGAUUCAGUCAUUGACAGGUACAGAGUAGAGUAAGGUUAUUUGACGCGAGCUGACACCAGCUGUCAUGACGGUUUAUGACAUUGUCCUUGUGUAGGCCAUAUGAUGGGGGGUCAAAUAUUUUGCGACUGAUUCUGUAAUAGAUGCCUAUAUGUAUACUUAUGUAAAAAAGUAGUAUUAAUGGCCAACUGCUUGUUGGUGGUGAAUUUGUAGUUGUGUGCCACAUGCUUAGAUCGAUGCUGGAUGUUUGUUUAAUAAUCAGAGAUCUUUCCAGUAGGAGGGACACUUCACGGGCUGUGGUUGGAGACCGGGAUAGCACGGUAAGAGACAUGGCCUUAUGUAUGCAAUGAGGCACAAGUAUGUGUUAUUGAUCUUAAUGUACUACCUCCUGUUUUACAGCAUUUUCUCCCAUUUGGUGGCUAUUUAAAUGUGAACCUCAUUGUUUGGUUUUAAUCAUGCUUCCUUCUUGGCAGCACUUCUCGGACCGUACCGAGAGGCACGGGAGGGACACCUGGACCGCUGCAGGAAGUUAUGACAAGCGUACUAUUAAUCCAAGGUCAGUUUGAUUUAGAUGGCUUUGCCGAGUUUAUUUACCUCUCACGAGUUGGAGACCAUGGUGUGUUCUGCACUGCUCGUCAUCGACUGUCUGUUUCUUUCAGGGAGGGCCGUGACUGGGACUCAGGACGGAAAAUAGAUGGGGACCGAACGUGGCAAACAGGUCGAGAUGGCGGCAUCCCAGGCCAAAGUCACAUUGGGGCACGGGGAGGAAUGGCAAGGUAAACUCAAAUCUAUAGCAUUAUUUACUGCUUUUAUCACACCUGAGACACACCAGUCAAUGUAGAAUUAGAAAAUGUGGGGCCAGAUGGAGUAAACUUUUGAGCCGGGUGCAACUGUUAUUCCCCCUAGUAAGGGUGAAAACCUUUAGCAAUAUGGAUACUGAUAGUGUUUUCUGACCCACAGUCGUGGUGGAGGCUACAUACCAACGGGGACCUCCCAGUCCCUCUCUGGAGCUCUGAACCGUCAGAACCAGAUGAUGCAAGGCAGUGGGAUGCAGGGUGGCGGGGCGUUCGGUCGCCGCUACUGAGGUCUGAACACCCUUGUUCCCAGUCACACGUUUAAGUGUAUGCAAGUGAAACCGUCUGCAGCUUGUAUAUUGCUCACGAAAGCUUUGCGAAUUCAGAUGUUGCUUUUAUAGUCCCUUUGACUUUCUUUCCUCCCUUUAAAACUAAGACACCAUUGAACUGAACAUCUGAGUUUUAAAUGUCUCUGAUCAGAUCAUCCAUCGGUUUUUCAUUCUGAGUGUCCUUUUGUUUUCAAAUUGAUUGCAAUGUAUAAUUUUUCUUUUCUAUUUUUGGUGUAUUUUAAGUGAUUUGUAUGGGGUUGACUUUUGGUAGAAAUGCUCAGGAAUGAGUCUACUCAAACCAUUUGCUAAAACCUGUGGUGAACUUGGUUGCGGAAAAGUACGAACCCAUUAAUGAUCAUGAUUGCGUUGCAGGCUUAUUUUCAGUAAUUGUCACAUUGUCUUAGUUUUUGUACUUAAACAACACCUUUUCAGACUUUGUAUUGAUACUAACUUCUUCACAGAACAGCAGUACCAUGUUCACAAUAGGAAACAAUCAAUCGUGUCGGAUUCAACUACAGUUGUACUAUACCGCUGGAUGGCACCUGAUGGCUAUUUUUCUGUGAAAUGAAAAUGCUGCCUAAUAAAAUUCUUUUUGCAGUGCAACUGCUAAAAAAGUUGUUUGUCGCUUUCUCAUAAUGACGAUUGUCUGGUAGAUGUUAAUAAUUUAGACUUGCUUUAACAACAAAAAGAUAGUGGUAGAUAUGAAACUCCACAAAUCCAAUAGAAUAGUGGGCUUAUAAGAGCUCAGGACUCUUCAUGCAACCAGAAAAAAAGCAAGGACAUAAUCCUUGUGAAAUGUGUUGUGUGGGCCUUAAUUUAAGUUUAGGGCAUACAUUUAGCAGUGGUUUAAAGAUAAAUUGUAGAAAUGGGUGGUUUUUAGCCACAAUUAUGAUUUUUGUGGCUGUAUUAACUAGU